AUGACUUUUAGACACGACUCGGACAUAUUUCGACCCUAUGGAGUACUCAGAAGAAGACAAAACAUCCCUGUCAAGAACUAUACCAGCAUUGUUGAGAAGAAGACUGGUCUUGUAGCAUGGAUGGUGAGUAAUUGUGAAGACUGGAGCAAGAGACGUUCAUACGUCAAGGAGCUGCAGAAGCACAUCCAGGUUGAUAUUUAUGGAUUUUGUGGAAAGAGGGUUUUUAAGAGAGACAGAAAUAAAGACUGGAUGGCACAUCUGAAUGAAACGUACAAGUUUUAUUUGGCAUUUGAAAACAAUUUCUGUCUUGAUUAUAUCAGUGAGAAGUUCUUCAGUUACUUUAACCUUGACCUUGUGACGGUUGUUCGAGGAGGGGGAGACUACUCUCGUGAUGCUCCGCCUAAAACUUACCUGAAUGUGGAUAAUUUCAAGUCCCCCAAAGAACUGGCUGAUUACUUGUGGUUCUUGAACAACAACACUGACAGAUAUAUCGAUAUCCUUAAGCGCAAGGAACAAGUGGCAUCCACAUUGUCGAUUGUCCAACAGAAUGGUUCGAAAUCGCCUAAACUCGGUCAUGGAGCCAGGCGAGCUAUCAGAGGUCCGUUGUUAUCCCCAGAACACAAAGCAGCACCACUAGCAUUUUGUCAAGGUUGA